AUGGGUUCUUCUCCAGGUUGGUUGAAGCGCGCCCUUGUUCUCUUCUUCUUCGGUGUGAAGGCCAUCAUUUUCGGUAUGGUGGCCGAGAAUAAGCUGCCUCUUUUUGGGAAAAGUAUCAUCACGGGAGAGGAUGACGACUCAAUGGUCAUGUGCGAGCUCCCUCGUCUCAGCGUCGCCAUGGGGAGCCUCUCCGUGCUUUCGCUGCUACUCACCGUUCUCGCCGGCCACUUCGCCGUUCUAUACCCCUACACUAAAAACAGGAAGAAUGGCCACCAGCCAGCGAUUCCUCGUCGAGCUAUGUUCCGGAAAACCAGCCUCACCAUCUUCUUCGUCAUCGCCGAGUUGGUGUCGGCAUCGGCUCUGGCGAUGAUGUCCUGGGCGACCAUCACGGAGCAUGCUAACCUACGGUUCAUGCCGACCAUGCUGCCUGACGGCACCCUGAGCUGCCCUUCGACAGCGAAGACGGACGGGAUGUUUGGCGGCGGUGCCCUGCUGGCCCUCGACGCCACGCUCAUGUGGUUUGUUUGCCUGCUCAUGUCGCUCGAGGCCCGGGCCAACUACCUCGACCUCCACGGAGGAGUUCAGGACGACGUCGACGAUGGCAGCAAGAAGAAACUCGAUCUCCACGGAGACCAUGACAUCGACAACAACGGAAACAACAAGAAACUCGACCUCCACCAAGACGAUGACAUCGAGGUUGACGGCAACUAA